AUGGUGUCCAUCAUUACCUUUCAGAAAGCCACAUUGAUUCAGAGUGAUGGAGAUAAUCCUGCAGAGCCUGACAUCGAUAACCUGUUCAAAUAUUUUCAUGAUGUGACACAGGAGCCAAAUCAGAUGAUAAUUCGAAGAGACUACAAUGAACCUUGUGGAUAUUGUUCUGCUGUCAGCUGGAGCAUUACAGAAGAAGGCAGAUUUUACUGCACAUCUUGCCACACUGUCAUAGAAAAAACUAGAGAAGUUCAAACUACUGAUGUUACUACUAAUGCAAGGGCACAGUCUAUCUCUAGAGGAUUAAGAAAAAAGAAGAAUAAAUUUGAUAAAGGCUGGGACUGGUUCAUAUGUGAAGGCUUUCAGUGUAUUCUUCGAAAACAAGCUGAAGCUCUGCAGUCUUUAGGAGUUUCUUCUCAGAUGAAGGAUGAAGUUCUGUAUAAUUUUUGGAGACGAUAUCUUCACAAGAGCAAACAGGCUUCUAGCGAGAAGCCUCUCGGUGAUGUUACUCGUGAUAGUUUAUCUCACACAGACACUGAAACAGAAUGUGAAACCACUAGCCUGAUUAGCUUGACUUGUUCAACAAGUGAUAUAGAUGCGAUAUCAGAAUUUAGCACUGGCGCUGCUUCUUCUGUUAGUAAAGCAUCAGCAAAGUCUGGCUGGUCUGGAUCAGUGGACGGUGGUUCAUAUUUACGGGGGAAAAAGAAAGAGGAUCUGAGCUUGUCCAUGCCGAUGACUCUGGCUUUCUGUUCUCUGGCAUUACUAUGGCUGAGAGAAUCCAUUACGUUAUCUGAUCUUUUAAGGUUGGCAAUGGAUGGUCACAUUCCUUACUUGAAUGCUUUUAAAGAUUUCCCCGAUGAGAUGAAGAUGUAUGGAUCUGACUUUAAGAUCUUUCAUGUGCAGUCUUGGCCUAAGUAUGAUGAUGUUCAUAAAAAAAUGCAUGCCCUUGCAGAAUUCAUGGACCUGCCUUGUUUUCCAGAUAUAACAGAGUGCAGCUUCCUUCAUCCAAAUAUUCUUUGCAUGAAAUACAUGAUGGAAGUCAACUUGCCUGAUGAUAUGAACAAAUGGGCUUGUAGAGUGAUUAAAAAAAUUGGUGUUGGUGAAACAGACUUUCUGACGCUUCAUCCUUGUAAUAAAUCAACUUGGAAAGUGAAAUAUGAUAUACUUGCCGUAGCUAUUAUUAUAGUAGUGCUGAAAAUUCUAUUCUUGCUGGAUGAUGAAUAUGAGUGGCUGCUGGCAAAUUAUGUGGAGGAAAGAAACAAAAAAAAUGACGAAGGUUGUCCAAUUUUUGAUAUUAGAAAAUGGUACAUGGUUGUAAAGAAUAUUUUGGAUGUGGAGCAGAAGAAAUUUAAUGAAGAAAGAAUCAGGCGUUUAUGGCUAUGUGAGAAGCCACUAUUGUAUACAGCCACUGAAAAGUAUGUUGUCCUCAAGAAGAAACAGGUGGUAAUGGAUCUUCAGAGACAGUUUCGUACCCUGACUGGCUGCCUGGAACUAACUGAGAAACAAAAGCCUUCCCUUUUCCAGUUCAACUGGAUGGAAGAAAGCACAAAAAAGGACUGUUUUCAUGGGCAUAGCCUUGAAGCAAUUUUGCAACAAAAAGGAGAUAUCUUUACCCCUCUGAACAGAGACUAUUGGUUGUGUACAGUUAAAAAGCGCAAGAGGCCGCGCAAUCCUCGCAGUCGAUACAUUGAAUCAGAUUUUCCCCAUACCUACCGGUUUAUGCUAGAUCUGUUUUCCUUCCUCCUAAGAGUGCAGCCCUAUCUCAUCCACGAAGAAGUAUCUACGAUAGAACAUAAACUGUUUCAUUCCAAAUUUCAUAUGAAGUCCAGAAUAUUCAAAGUUCAAAAAAAGUGAAAAGUCUUAAGUCCAGUGACUAUUGUAACGAAGACCUAUAGUAACCAAAAAUAAUCCAUGUACGUUUCAUGCUCCCAUCUCAUUAAUGCCAUGGAAAUUAAGAGAGAUGCAAUCCUGUCUGCAAUUAGUUUAUAUUUAGAUCAGCUUCAGACAUCAAAUGCCCAAUCUAACAACCAAGCUUUGCGAAGGGAAAAAUCAGUGAUGAGUGUGAACACUACCUCUGUUUUCUCAGGUCUCUCCUGCCUAGCAGCCUUUGUUUUGUAGAAGAUGAACCAGUUUGUUAAAUAACAGUUUUCUGCAAAAUGCAUAUAAUAUUGGGGAAACCCCAUUUCCUAAGCAUCCAGUUUGGGAAACGUUUGAGUGUGUGAUUCAUACAAACUGGGU